AUGGACAGUCACACCGAGCCACAAAAGACGGUUGCUUCGAAUGGCGAGGACGAAGGUUACGCCGAAGCAAAUGUUAGCGGGGUCGAAAAGAUUUCGCAUGAAGACGACAAAAAUAAAGGAAAUGGUGAGGCAGUAUAUGGAAAGACUUCUACUGACAAAGUUCCGCAAACAUCCGAUAUGACCUCAGUUUUUAAGCUAGACACCAGAAAAUCCGUGUUUGAUAUAAUUACCAUCGUGGUCAUGGGAUUACAAAUAAUCUUAUUUUUCGUUCUCCCCUCACCCGUCAAAAGAUGGAUAUUUUUGGUCCUUUUUAUUUUUUGGAGGGCAUCCUAUAAUGCCGGUCUCGGUGCGUUGUUAAAAUAUCAAAGUGACAAACGAGGUUUGGUUUUGUGGGUCAAACGCAAGAAGAUUUUUGAUAAAGAGAAGGGCGGCAAAUGGUAUGCUUUUUUGAAGGAAGAAUUAAGCGCGAAGAUGGGUAACGAUUAUGACUUCGAUACUGCCCCCAUCGAGUUCAACACCUGGCUUCUCUUUCGUCAACUCGUCGAUCUCAUACUGUUGAAUGAUUUCACCACCUAUGUCUGUUUUGCUCUUGCCAAUUUCAACAUUCCCGAAAAUUCGGGCCUUAUUGUUAAUUUCCUUCGUUGGGUCGGCGGUCUGUUUUUGUUGUGGUUUAAUGUGUGGGUGAAGGCGGACGCUCAUCGCGUGGUCAAAGAUUUCGCUUGGUACUGGGGUGACUUCUUUUUUCUUGUUGAUCAGUCGCUGACGUUUGACGGUGUGUUCGAAAUGGCACCGCAUCCGAUGUACUCCAUUGGAUACGUUGGUUAUUACGGCAUAUCUUUGAUGAUGGCCAGCUACACGGUGUUAUUUGUUAGCUUGUCUGCGCAUGCAUCGCAAUUUGUCUUUCUGACAUUUGUGGAGAAUCCUCACAUUGAUAAAACAUACAACAAACCCACUCCUCUGAACGAGAAACUUUCGAAGCCGCAUUCGCCGAGGGAUCACGAGAAACUUGCAAAAUCACAUUCACCAAAGGAUCAGGAAUCGACGCAACGCGCCGAUUCAGAAUUUUGCUUGGAAAACGAGAAUCCACAUUCGUCUUCUGACUUGUCGGACGCCGUGAACUACUAUUUCCGUCGUGAUCUUAUCGUCUUCAAGAAUUUUGAUCUUUUGCGUUCGAAUGAUCUUCUUGUCGUUUUCAUGACAUUUUACGCUGCCAUUAUUCCAUUAUUUAUUGCCGGUGCGUCCGAGGGUGUGAUCCGAAUUUUCCUGAUCAGUCAAUGCUUGGCUUGGCGGAUAUUUCAUUCUUACGGAUUGGGUGGAAUCCUAUUCCUUCAGAGCAAGGAAAAAUUCCUAACAAAACAUUACAUAAAAUUUGGCGGUAAUGCAAGCGAGGCUUUUGCAAACUGGAAGAGCAUCUACAACCUCUCUUUGUGCAUGACAUACGUAACCUUCGUGUCUGCUGCCUGGAAAAUGUAUUAUUUUCCCGAAGACUGGACCUACGGCACCGUGUUACUGCGUCACACCUUGGGAGUGUUGCUGAUCGCUUUGCACAUAUGGACGUCAGUUUCCAUAUUCGAGGUUCUCGGCGAUUUCGGAUGGUUUUAUGGUGACUUCUUUCUUGACGACCGUCCGACAACGCCGUACUACACUGGCAUUUACCGAUUCCUGAACAAUCCCGAGAAAUUGAUGGGUCACACUGCAUUUUGGGGUAUCACCCUUAUUUCAAACAGUUGGCCUAUCUUUGGCUUAACGUUGUUUGCCCAAAUCUCGAACCUCUUAUUCUUACGGUAUGUCGAAGCUCCCCACAUGCAAAAACUCUAUGGUAACAAAAUUCGUAAGGAGGACGGUGUGACGAAGACGAUAAGGCGCGUCAUACUUAUUCCCGACAAGGUGCUAGAUGAGGUGAUCAAGAUUCGUGAGGUUCCCAAAAUUCAAAUUGUUGGGCGCGUCGUGAAAGAGGUCGCGGGAACCGUUGAAAAGGUUGUCGAGGAAACAGCCGAGGUCGUUGGUGAAUUCGUUGGAUCCGCGAGGCCGAAAAUGAGAAGUUUGCUUGAAAAUUCAAGGGACAAAUUCAUGAUCAGUCGAGUCUCCGAGGUUGCCGACAAUUUCGAUCGUAAACUGUAUUCAAUUUCCUUGAUUCCAUCCGAUGCCAGUGUGGGCAACACGUCAGGUUCGGAUGACCGCGACGCGAACUCAAAACCCAUUAUUUUUCAAUUUGGCGAACCGAUAUCAUUGUCGUGGACGGCACCGAAAAAUCAUUCUGCGUUGGACUGGAUAGGCAUCUACAAGGUCAACGCCAAUACUUCAAAGGUGAUAACGAGUGUCUCGAGCCGAGGACGAUUUGUUUAUGUUACGCCGGAGGAUGAGGAAAAUGAAACGGGCACCAAAGCCGUAGCUUGCGAUGGUGAUGAUAAUGACAAUCUUAUGGACGGUGGCAAGGUAAUGUUUGCAGGAGAUCGCUUGCCGUGGGAGGUGGGUGUAUACGAAUUCAGGUAUCAUCACAACGACAAACACAAUGUGAUGGCUACUUCUCAACCGUUCGAGAUCGCAGUAACCCCGCAAUAUACUUCCGAUCUUUCCACAAUCGAGAAGACCCUUCUCACCUUGGUACAACGAGUCCUCGAUUCAGAUGAAAAUUUGAUACCACACACCACAAGUGAUUACUAUAAACUAAUGAAGGAGGCCCACGCAAAGCGGAUCGUGUAUGGCAUCAAGAUGAUAUUUGAUGUGGAUUUCGCGUGGGAAGUUGUUGCCAUCGACGGUAACAUUGGAAGACUGGCACGGCGGGUGGAAAGAAUCAUAUUUUGUGUGUUUGAGGAUGAGAACAAAAUUGUUUAUCAGGAUUUAUUGCCCAUAUACUUUCCACCGUCAUCAGAAAUCGAGCAAGAAGCUGGGGGAAUAGAGGAUGAGCAAGAAGUUAAAAAAGCAAAAUUAAAAGAUUCCGAGGAAGCAGAAAGUGAAAAGGUCGAAGCAGGUGUGUCGGUCUCUUCUACGUUUACGGAGAAUUCGGAAGAUGGUAAAGUGCAACGGGAAGAAAUAUCGGCAUCGUCUAUGUCCACGAAAGGUUUUGAGAAUGCCGAGACGAGACAAGGAGAGACACCGACAUCAUCCGAGACCAUAAAGCACGCUGAAAAAGAAAAAUGUACAGCUGAGAAUAAUCCAGAAAAUAAUGAAGCAAACCAAAAAACUUCAACAUCUUCAUCCGUGCCUUCGGACGAUUUAGAAAAUAACGAGUUGAACCAGACCACACCCAUGGAUGGUCUAGAGGUUAUCAGUGAUGCGAACGGAGUUGAUUCAGUCACUUCAUCUGCGCCCAUGGAUACUGAAGCUUCGACCCCCGUCACAUGCACGGGUCAUUCGGAGAAUUCACAGAAUGCUGAGAUAAACCAGGAAGUUUCGACCGCCUCCAACGAUUACGAAGAAAGAACGGAGACCAGGGAAAAGGAACUUGAUGCUGAGACUGCUGUCAAAAGUGAGAAUUUGCAAGAAAAAGAAACGGGACAGGAAUUGACUGCAGAAAAGGAAUCAACGCCAGAUGAUGAUGUUCUUAUGUCUCAAGAGAAUGAAGGAAAUCAUCUUCCGCACGUGCCUAAAGAUCAAGAGGCCAAUGAUUCACUUGAUAUCAUCGCUGAAACAGAACAGUCACCUUCCGAUCCUCAAAAAGUCGAUCAAACAGAUGGCAAUGAAGUACCUUCCUCGCAAAAUCAAGAGCCUGUAAAGGGUGCUGCGCAUUCGUCAUUGUGA